GUCAGUCCCGGCGGAGGAGGCUGCUGCACUAACACUACAAGCAUUGCAGUGACUGUUCAGUCGAGGACAGGUGGGCUAGCAGUCAGGACGUCUCUCCUGCUGGUUCAGCUUUGCUUGCUGGGUAAUGUUACAGCUGUAGGUGGUGCGGAUGUCAGGCUGAGGUGAAGAGGCAGACCCCAAGCCCUUAUGGCUCAUCUUGACUAAAGAUCAUAAAAUGAGUGGCUGCAGCAUCGACUCCAGUUUGACUUUAUCUCCCUCCUGAAUCUUCUUGAACUUGGACAGCAGGCUCAAAGUUUGAACUGCACCAAGACCCUUUGUCCCUCCACCCAGGUGGUGUGUUCUGCCCUCUUCACUUGGAUCCAGUGAGUUGGAGGCUAACUUCGUGGAGCAUUUGAGCCCAUCACACGAUUAACUGUAGCCUGUUUACUCAUGGCAAUCAACGCUGAUGUAGAAGACUGGGGUGGAGUUGGGAGCAAUGACUCGGGAGAGAGGGCGAGGCUCUUGCAGAGCCCUAGCGUGGAUUCUGUCCGGCAUUUGGAGUCGGAAAGGAAGAGCAGCGGAGGCGUUUCAUCCAUCGGAGCUGUCUUCAUUGUAGUGAAUGCAGCACUUGGAGCAGGUCUACUCAAUUUCCCAGCAGCCUUCUACAUGGCGGGAGGGAUAACUGCAGGAGUGAUGCUUCAAUUGUUCAUGUUGAUCUUCAUCAUCAGUGGGCUGGUGAUCCUGGGCUACUGCUCUCAGGUCAGUAAUGAAAGCACCUACCAGGAGGUUGUUCGGGCUUCUUGUGGGAAGGUCACAGGAGUCCUUUGUGAGAUUGCCAUUGCUGUCUACACCUUCGGCACUUGCAUUGCAUUCUUCAUUGUCAUUGGAGACCAGCUGGAUCACUUGAUAACUGCGGUGGAUCACACAGAGGGUGUGGUCACUCAGCAUUGGUACACUGACCGCAGAUUUACCAUCGUUGUCACCGCAGUCCUGGUUAUUCUUCCUCUCUCCAUCCCCAAAGAGAUCGGCUUUCAGAAAUAUGCCAGUGCAUUGAGUGUCAUGGGUACCUGGUACGUGACCAUAGUGGUCAUUGUCAGGUACAUCUGGCCUGAUAAAAAUAUGACUCCAGGUUAUAUUCCUACUAGUGCACCUUCCUGGACUGCAGUGUUUAAUGCAAUGCCCACCAUAUGCUUUGGUUUCCAGUGCCAUGUCAGCAGUGUGCCAGUGUUCAACAGCAUGAGGAGGAGUGAGCUCAAGCCUUGGGGACUUGUUGUCACUCUUAGCAUGAUUAUCUGUCUCUUCGUGUACACAGGAACAGGUGUCUGUGGCUUCCUGUCAUUUGGCUCCAAAGUUAAUCAGGAUGUGUUGAUAUCAUACCCCUCUGAUGACAUUGCAGUGGCCAUUGCAAGAGCUUUCAUCGUCAUCUGCGUCGUCACCUCUUAUCCUAUUUUGCACUUCUGUGGCAGGGCUGUCAUAGAGGGACUCUGGCUGCGUUUCCGUGGCGAGCAGGUGGAGGUGUGCGUGCGACGUGAGCAGAGGCGCAGGGUCUUGCAGACGCUGGUGUGGUUCUCACUCACCCUCAUCCUCGCACUCUUCAUCCCAGAUAUUGGCCGGGUAAUCUCACUUAUUGGAGGACUGGCAGCCUGUUUCAUCUUUGUCUUCCCAGGUCUGUGUUUGAUUCAAGCCAAGCUCUCAGAGACGGAGAGACGAUCUGCCAGCUGGCAUGGGCUGGUGGUCUAUGGUGUUGUCAUGGUUACCACCGGAGCUUUCAUCUUUGGCCUCACCACCACCAACUCCAUCUACCGAGAUGUCGUCAGCUAAAAAACUAGUAGUUUUUGGACCUAGCAAAGUUCUCACUAUUGGAGACAGAGGAGGUGCUCAGUUUGGUGCUGCCGUAUUAAACUACCGAAUCCCAUCGAGAAGCAUCUCAAGACACACUCAUUUAAAUCCUCAAGAGCUCCACUGCAUGUCCCGUCUCCUCUCCAUGCUGAGUAAACGCCCCAGAGCCCUUUACUCAGGCAUGGAGCGCUGCUGUCUGACUGAACAGACUGAAAAGACCCGUCCAUGUCAACUGACCCGAAACAUUUUGCCUUUUACAUUUUUAAUGUGAGUUUUAAGUUGCAUGUUUUGCUUUUAUGUUUUUACAAUGGCUCUAACUUGCUGUGACAGCAGCUUCCGGUGUUGUAGACGUGCCACAUGGGCGCAAAGGCCCCUCUGUCAUCCCAGAGCCUGCAUGGACAACACAUUCCUGUUAUGUUUACAAAACCUGAGGGGCCUCAUGUAUGGAAAGAUCUCAUGGUCAGAUUGGAUCGAACUGAUGUGUGUUUCCUGAAACGCACGUCAUCAGUGAACAUUCAUGUAUCACGCGGUCGGUCAAAGCGCUCGGCCACAUCCACACUUGAUGUUAGGGGAACUUUUCACAGCACCAGUGCUGCAGGACUGGUGGGAGUAUGGGAGUUGCUGAAAUUUAGUGAUGAUGCCAGUUCUCCUGCUUAAUGGAAAUUUGAAUUGAUUGGCUGAAAGUGGAGGAACAAUCUUUUAUGGGUGAUGUAAUAACUGUAGACUUCUUCCAUUUUUGACCUUAUUGUCAACUAGACUCUGUAUGGCAUUGACACUAACUGAAGAUGUUGAUACCGUAGCAUAAUUAUAUGAAUUCAAGUUGGACUGCGAUUUAUGUACGACAAGUACAUAUGGCUGAGGUACGCACCUUAACUGCAAUUCAUUUUAUGAAGUUGUUUUAUAAUCAAGCUGAAAUUGGGAUUAGAGUUCAUAAAGAGGAGGCGCCAGAUUUUAAUAAGUGAUUAUUUCAAAGCCACUCCGAACUGGCUGAGGGCAGGACAGCUAACACCCCGGGUUCCAGUACAAUGAUAAUCUUCCUUUGGAUAAGGCAGCAAAGCCAAACCAUAUCAGACCAAAGAGACCAGAGCUCAAGAUUAUCAUCAGCUGCCAUGUUCAAAGGCUUAACUGUGGCACCUGUAUGCUGUUCAGGACAAACUUUUACAAUUUAGUGGUGGCUAGAAGUUUAACAAUUCCUAAAUGUGUGUUGCAGUCACUACUACUAAACCUCUGUGGCAGUAGGUUUAGAGUCAAAAUCCAAAUGAAAUCCCAAGAGGUUU